AUGCCGAUCACGGCGCUUCCCCAAGACACCGCCCGAGCAAUCGGCUCGACCUCGGUCAUCUCAGACCCGUGCUCGGUGGUGAAGGAGUUGCUGGACAACGCGCUAGAUGCCUCGGCGACGUCCGUAUUUAUUGAGAUCUCUCAAAACACCGUGGACGUGAUCCAGGUGAAGGACAAUGGAUGCGGGAUCCCUCCCAGCGACCACGCGCUUGUGUGCAAACGCGCCCACACCAGUAAAAUCGCGACGGUCGAGGAUUUGAAGAAGAUCGGAGGGUCGUCACUUGGGUUUCGUGGUGAAGCUCUUGCCAGUACUGCAGAGGUCUCAGGAGGGGUGACCGUCACCACGAGGGUUGACACCGAGCCGGUUGCUUCUGUGAUCAGAUACGGACGCGAUGGGGGUGUGAUAAGCGUCCAGCGUGCAUCUCAUCCAGUCGGUACUACUGUUCGGGUAACCGAUCUCUUCAAGCACAUUCCCGUCCGGCGGCAGACGACGCUGAAAAACACAACAAAGACCCUCGCACGGGUCAAGCGCCUGAUCCAAGAAUACGCUGCUGCGCAGCCUUCCAAGCGCCUGUCUUUGAAGGUGCUCAAAGCCAAGAACGAGAAUGGCAAUUGGAUGUAUGCGCCCAAGCCGAAUGCAGGCCUCCUCGAUGCUGCAUUGAAGAUCGCCGGUACCGACGUUGCGUCUACAUGUGUCCUCAAGCAUUGGCCAAUUCCAGAGGCUACUUCAGACUUUACAUGCGUUGAAGGUAAUCCAGACUGCCGCAUGACUGCUCUUGUCCUGGACCCCAACGCAGCUUCCAGAGGGAUUGGCAAAAAUAUUGCCAAGAUCUAUAAAUCAUAUGUCCGGUCAGGUAGUGCCGCAAGGGAGUCUACGACAACUGUCACCGACCCAUUCCUCUGCUUGCAUGUGUACUGCAACGAAGCGACGUAUGAUGUCAAUAUAGAACCAGCGAAAGAUGAUGUGCUCUUUGAGAAUACCCCGAGUAUCCUUGAGGCUAUAGAGGAGCUUUGUCGGGAUGUCUACGGCGCCAAGGAGGGAGACUCUGAGAAACGCUCGACUUCUGUCAAAGGAAAAGAACCCGUGAGGCAAAGAGAUGGCUUUGAGUUACUGCUCGCCAGUUCGCAAUCUACUUCUCAAGGCCAGCAGAGAAGUGUCAAUGCUGAUGAAGCAGGUAACAGACAUCCUACUCCUGUUACUCAAACAACCCCUCAACCUUCGAGAGGAAGAGUGCAAGGCCUGUCAGAUGAGCGACGUCGAGACAGUGAUAUUCGCGCCUACUCAGCCAAUAGGGAGUCGUUGAACCCAUGGACUAUAACAAAAAUCAUCACACCUGUCAAUCGACCAGGUCCAGCUUCAACAGAUACAAGUGCUCGACGAUUGUCUGUGGACCGGACUUGGCCUUCGCCUGGUCAACAUCGCAACUCUGAAUCCGCAAGCAGAAGAUCCUCGGUCGCCUCAUGUUUACCCAGUCCGUCGGCUUCCGACUCCAGCCCGACUUCCAAUUCUCCCCCAGGUCUAUCGUCAUCCGGAACACCAUUUCCUAUUUCACAAACCUCUCCGAGUCUUCGAACCAACUACGCAAAACGCGCUGCUAGAGAAAGGGACCGCGAACGAUACGGAAAUGGCUCGCUGGAUACCUGGUUCGGUAAAACAACCCAGGUUGGUCUCUCGCGAAUCGCCGCGGAAGAUCCAUCGAGUCCAGAGGAACAGGAGUCAUUGACCCAAUUGGCGCAGGAACGCUUUGGGUCAGAGACACAGCCUUCUCCUUCUCAAUCGAGGCCCGCUGGCUGCACGAGCUUUCCCAACCGACUGCCACACCCGGCCUGGCAGAAGCUCUUGAUUUUGAGAACCGCAAGCGGGAAGCUAUCCAGGCGCGACGGGAACAAAUUAGGAGACGUCAAGAACAAUCCACCCCUGCUAGUUCUCCUCAUCUUAACCGAUAUCUUGCCGCGCGGGCUGCAUUAUCUGAGGAUCGACCUGAGGGAGGACAAUCAGGAACCGCCAUGA